GGUGCCAGCAGCCAAUGGGUUAAUGGUCCCGGCAGGGGCUCCACAGCGGACUCCAUAGCGGACCGGGGUCAGAUGUCUCUCUAAGAUGGGGACAGGCACGUGGGCUGCUAUUCUAGGGGUCUGAUCACGGCUGUCUAUUUAUAGUGCUGGGGGGGCCGCCUCACAUAGGCAGCAGAGAGGCUGCCCUGCUGCAAUGUCACCGUUGUCACCGCCUCUGCAGGCUGCGGGCACCUGCCACUACCGCAGGGAACUGAGGAGUCUUGGUCCAGCAGGGACCCCAGGGCCUUGGAGCACUGUGUGAGCCGGAAACGUGGCUGGCCAGAUGGGCAGCGCCAUGGAGCCCCCUGGGAGUGCAUACCUGCACCUGGGCGCUGUGACGUCCCCUGUGGGCACAGCCCGCGUGCUGCAGCUGGCCUUUGGCUGCACCACCUUCAGCCUGGUGGCCCACCGGGGCGGCUUCACGGGCGUCCAGGGCACCUUCUGCAUGGCUGCCUGGGGCUUCUGCUUUGCUGUCUCCGCACUGGUGGUGGCUUGUGAGUUCACACGGCUCCAUGGCUGCCUGCGGCUCUCCUGGGGCAACUUCACCGCCGCCUUCGCCAUGCUGGCCACCCUGCUGUGCGCCUCGGCUGCUGUCCUGUACCCGCUGUACUUCACCCGGCGGGAGUGUCCCCCCGAGCCUGCCGGCUGUGCUGCCAGGGACUUCCGCCUGGCAGCCAGCGUCUUCGCCGGGCUCCUCUUUCUGGCCUACGCCGUGGAGGUGGCCCUGACACGGGCCCGGCCCGGCCAGGUGACCAGCUACAUGGCCACAGUGUCAGGGCUCCUCAAGAUCGUCCAGGCCUUCGUGGCCUGCAUCAUCUUUGGGGCGCUGGUCCACGACAGCCGCUACGGGCGCUAUGUGGCCACCCAGUGGUGUGUGGCCGUCUAUAGCCUGUGCUUCCUUGCCACAGUGGCCGUGGUGGCCCUGAGUGUGAUGGGCCACACAGGGGGCCUGGGCUGCCCCUUUGACCGGCUGGUGGUGGUGUACACGUUCCUGGCUGUGCUCCUGUACCUCAGUGCCGCCGUGAUCUGGCCAGUCUUCUGUUUCGAUCCCAAGUAUGGCGAGCCCAAACGGCCCCCUGACUGCGUUCGAGGCAGCUGUCCCUGGGACAGCCAGCUGGUGGUGGCCAUCUUCACCUAUGUCAACCUGCUCCUGUACGUCGCUGACCUCGCCUACUCCCAGAGGAUUCGCUUCGUGCCCAGCCUGUAGCCCACAUCGGCAGCCCGCCCACCUCUGCUCUCUGGCCAGCAGCUCCAGGCCCUGCAAGGGAAACUCAGCCUUUCCCGGCGCUCCUGGGGCUCAGUGCUGGUCACUGUAACAUAAGGGAAAACUUUAAAGCUGCUGCUGUUGUGACCCAUUUUGCAGCUGGGGACACUGAGGUCAGAAGGAUUUGCGAGGCACCCAGUACCUCCGUGAGUGUCUGGAGACCACACUCAGGCUGGGUAAGGCAAGCUGGAAAAUGAAUGACUUUCAGAGGAAAGGAACCCAGCAGAGCAGCUGGGCCAAUCAAGGGGAGGGAGGGGCGUGUGGAGCCGGAACCACUCCUGGCUCAGAGAAGCAGCUCCCAGAACCCUGCGAAGAGGGGCCUGCCUGGGGAGCUGUGCCGGCUCACAGAGGAGCCAGAAAUCUGGACCAGCCUCUCCCACCCAUGUCUGGCUAGUAGCCACAGCCUUUGGAAGCAGGCUGCCUCCGGGGUGUCCGCCGGCUGGAAGUGGUGCAGGUGGCCUGGAAGAGCCUACAGAGCCCAGCGGCGCCAAGUGCACAGUGGACGGAGAGGACCUGGUUCUGCCAUAGCCACAGAGCCCCACCUGGACACCCACCAUCGGCUGUGACAAAGCAGCAUUAGCAGUGGCCGGGUGGGCAUCUGUGCACUGUGGGCCUCUGUGGCACUGGGAGGGAGCCCAGCUGAGGACAGCCACUGGACACAGAGUCUGGGCACUGCUUGCCUCUGCUCAAGGGUCCAGUUGCCCAAACACUCCUGACGCCGAGGCCAUCAUCCUCCACGCUCCAGCCAGCUUCUCCUGCACAGAAGCCCAGCCUGGACCAGCCAGGAGCUGACCCACUGGCCGCCCCUGAGUCCAAGCCGGGUGGGCAGGGGCACAACAGCCCCUCAGCCCAUUGACUGGGUCCCACUGACGUCCUUGAGCAGGAAAUAAAUGCUGACAGUUAGAUGCA